AUGACGAUUAGGUUGCUAUUUGAGUCGAGGUCGAGAUUACUGUCAUAUUUGAAACCUUUGAAGGGAUAUCGAACAUAUUCGUUGCAAGCAAAUCCCGUUAGCGCUCCGCCGACAAAAUCCGCUCAAUCGACAUUUUUAGCCGGUUCAGCUUUUGGUAGUUUGCUUGGAGCAGGAGCGACAUAUUGGCUGUGGCAGGAGGAGGAUGAAGAAGAUACAGGUUCAACUUUGAAGUUGGAGGAUCUGUCUCCGCCCCAGUACUGUAAAGAUCCGCGCGAAGUCGGGGAUGCAAUAAUUAAAAUCAAAAAGAUUUUGGGCAAUAAUCCUGACUCAUUCACCGCCUCAGAGAGUGAGCUCAAGGACCAUUCGGACACUUAUUUCAACACACACCAUGCAAAACCGUCACAGAGACCCCACAUUGUGGUUUUCCCCAAAAAUACAGAAGAAGUUUCCGAAAUUGUUAAGGUCUGUAAUGAGCAUACACUCCCCGUCAUUCCUUUUUGUGGUGGUACAUCUCUUGAGGGACAUUUCAUUUCGACUCGUGUUGGCUGUACUGUCAUGAUCGAUAUGUCUAAAUAUAUGAACCAGAUUAUCAAAUUAAACAAGGAAGAUCUUGAUGUUGAAGUCCAAGCUGGUGUUCCAUGGGAGGAUUUGAAUGAUUAUCUCCGAGACAAUGGGCUAUUGUUCGGAUGUGAUCCAGGUCCUGGUGCGCAAAUCGGCGGAUGCAUCGCCAAUUCUUGCUCGGGGACAAAAGCCUUCAAAUAUGGAACGAUGAAGGAGAACGUGGUUAACAUCACCGCUGUGCUUGCCGAUGGAACCAUUAUCAAGACGAAGAAAAGGCCCAGAAAAUCUUCUGCAGGCUACAAUUUGAAUGGGUUGUUAAUCGGUUCCGAGGGAACCCUCGCGAUUGUCACCGAAGCCACAGUUAAAUGUCAUGUCAAACCUGUUGAAGAAACGAUAGUUGUUGCCUCAUUUCCAAAGGUUGGAAAUGCCGCUGCGUGUACUUCUCAUCUGAUUCAGGAGGGCAUCGCCCCCAACGCGAUGGAACUUUUAGACGAUAACAUGAUGGAUAUCAUCAAUAAGGGUGGCGCUACGUAUAGAACCGAUUGGAAAGUUGCUCCGACUGUCUUUUUCAAGAUUGGUGGUCGAAACGAGAAUAUCAUCAAUGAAGUCAUAAAUCAAGUUCAAAGCACCGCUGAGAAAUACGGGUGCCACGAAUUCGAGUAUGCCAAGAACGAUGAUGAGAAAAUGGAGCUCUGGGAAGCAAGAAAAGUCGCUCUUUGGUCCGUCAUCAACGCAGGAAAGGAAAAGGAUCCGAACGCUAACGUCUGGACUACAGAUGUUGCCGUACCUCUUUCCAACUUUUCCAAGGUUAUAGAAACAACAAAGGAGGAAAUGAACAAGAGCGGAUUAAUCAAUGCUAUUGUUGGCCACACUGGCGACGGCAAUUUUCAUGCUUUUAUUGUUUACAAUGACAACGAAAGGGCCAAGGCUGAGAAAAUUGUCGAAAACAUGGUAAAGAGAGCCAUUGACGCCGAUGGAACAUGUACCGGCGAGCAUGGAGUUGGGAUAGGAAAAAGAAUGUUUCUUUUGGAGGAACUGGGGGAUGCGCCCGUGGACUUCAUGCGUCGCAUAAAGCUCGCAGUGGAUCCAAAAAGAAUUCUGAACCCUGAUAAAAUAUUCAAAAUUGAUCCCCACGACGACAAUGACCAUACUUGA